AUGGACGGCGCCCAUGGACUGUCCUACAUUGCGCCGUCACCCUCACGCCCCCGACCGUACCAUCUCAUCACCUCUUCACCCACUGAAUUGGCUUUGAUUCAAGAGGCAGAGCGUGAUGUCCAGCAUAUGUUGGUCUGGAACUACUACGGUCGCGACGCCAACUGGCGUGUCCUUGAGAUGAAGAGUGAAGGAACCAACCUCAAUUGCUACGACUCCAUACUCGUCAAUUCAAAAGGCCGACGGCACUGCCGUCAUCCCGACUAUCCGACACUGAACGGAAAGAGACUAGAUGAGUCAGGGUGUGUGUUGGAGCAAGGGAACGAUGGUGUCGAAUGCACUCCUACGGAGGCAGAUUAUGAGGUUAUUGAAACUCAUGGGAGGCCGUGGAUCAUGCUCAAUGUCUUGAACAUCGGCUUCGAGCACGCAAUCCAGUUCAGCAUCGAUGACCACAAGUUGUGGAUCGUUGCAAACGACGGCGGCUUCGUGAAGCCGCAGCUCGUCGAUGUUCUUUACAUCACCAACGGGGCCCGCUACACCGUCUUGGUCAAGCUCGACCAGGAGGGUGACGAUUAUGCAAUGCGCUUGGUGUCGACAAGCACACAUCAGAAUCUCCACGGGUACUCCGUCUUAAGAUACCCGGCCCUACGCUACCCUCUGCACGGAGCUCCUAUGGAAGUCCAUAAUCCUCGCAGUGGCUCACCGCCCUGCGUCAAUCCAAAUGGAUCCAUCGAUCCCUUGUGCAACACGACGACGCCAGCAUCUCUGGCGCCAUAUCCCCCAUCAACCCCCCCUUCUUCGAACAAAACCCUUCAUUUCCGGAUCGCCCAACAGCCGUCUAGGUAUGAGGAACACGUCACCGAGUGCUUCCUGAACCAGAGACCAUGGCAGCUCUACCACGCACAAAUGGCCCCUCUUUUGUUCAUCGACAACGUGUCGGCCGUCGAGCCUCCUAUUGUGGGCGAUCUGCCCUGGGGCACUACCGUCGACGUGAUCGUUCAAAACACAGUCGAUGACACCAUGCCGCUCUACAAACACGGGGACCCCAUGUUUCUCCUUGGCUCGAAACCCAAUGCUACCUGGGAAUGGGGCACGGUCAAGGAGGCUAUCGCCGCCGGCGUCGAGGGGCUCAACUUAAAGACCCCUGCCCUACAACUUGUCCACGACGUGCCGCCCCUGGGCUGGGCAGUGGUACGGUGGGAGAUCCGUGUCCGGGGUGCCACCAUGUUGCACUCUAAUAAGUUCAAGUACUACGCGAUGGGGAUGUCAGCACCUUUGCUCGAAGGCAUGGAUAGUAACAUGCAGAACGAAAUCCCGGAGCACGCGAAGAGUAUGCCACACGUUGAGUUUACUCCCAAAAAUGAUGGAGUCUUUGGUUAG